AUGGUUACGUUAACAUUCCCUCUAUGGUGUUUAGCUUACUCCUCCCCUUUCCUCAUGUAUCUACCUCUUGCCUCACGUCCUUCAUUCCCACCCCCCGUCUCUCCCCCUCCUGUCUCCUCUCCUCCCCCUCCUGACUCCUCUCCUCCCCCUCCUGACUCCUCUCCUCCCCCUCCUGUCUCCUCCCCGCCCCCUCCUGUCUCCUCCCCGCCCCCUCCUGUCUCCUCCCCGCCCCCUCCUGUCUCCUCCCCCCCUCCUCUCACCGCCUCCCCCCCUCCUCUCACCGCCUCCCCCCCUCCUCUCACCGCCUCCCCCCCUCCUCUCACCGCCUCCCCCCCUCCUCUCACCGCCUCCCCCCCUCCUCUCACCGCCUCUCCCCCCCCUCCUUCCCCGUCGCCUCCGCCCCCGUCUCCAUUCGCCUCGGGUAAAGCCUGCCCCGCAUCCACCCUCCCCGGAUACGCCUACCAGCUCGCCCUGCUGCCGCCCAACCUCAUUCUCCACUGGGACCCCGUAUCCCCUAAGCAAGUUGACAUAGCAAUUGAAGCCAAGGCAGCAGGGAAGGCCAAGGCUGGGUGGAUAUCCGUGGGGUGGCCUACCAAGGCAGCCAUGGUGCCAGCCGACGCUGUCAUUGGGAACCUGCCUGGGGGCCGCGUGGCAACGUAUGCACUCAAGGGGUACCGCUCCUCUAAGCUGGUUCCCACCACAGCGAUCAAGAUUGAAAACGCGUCCACCACCAAGACAGCUGAUAGCUCCACCAUUAUCAGGUUCUCGCGCAUCAAGGGCACGGGCGUGGCUGCCAAGUUUGCCUCGACGGCAGUGUCUAAACUCAUCUGGGCCUUCUCCUCCACGGGGAGCUCGCGCCUCAACUUCCAUGACAACAACUUUGGAACUGCCAAGGUGGACUUCUCCUGCCGCGUUGCACCAUCCAGCGAUCCCUCUCCGGAUAUUGAGGAAGAGCUGUAG